ACAUUUGUAACUGUCGUCUGCACCCCAUGUCUGAUUUAUUAUAAUUAAGUUUUCAGUUAUCAUGAAAAUAAUUAAUUAGAAGUUUUCGUAUAAAAGUUUUUAAUAAGAGGAUGUACAUUAUUAAAAUUUCGCAAAAGCAACGCCGAUCUUCGAGGAAGCCGUAAGAGUCUGUUAUGAUUGGCAUUUUAAAGUGAGGUUAGAAUGAGAAUUUUUAUAAACAUUUUGAAAAUGUUCAUUGCGUUUCUCUCCGAUUACGCACGUGGCUUAUCUUAUACCGUAAUUACGAUAUUGAUUUUGUGUUAUUGUUUGCAUCCGGCAAGAUUCGCUUCGCAUUAUACAUUUAUAAAAGCUGAAGAUAUUUAUGAUGAAAUGGAAAGAUCAUAUCCACCAAGAGAUAAUUCUUGUACCAUUCCAAUAAGUAACGAACGAUCUUCUCAUUUACUAUAUCCAGAGGAACAUCCUCGAGAAGAUCCAGUUGCCAUGGCUCGUCGUUUAGGAAUCCUCCCUGGAGGACAAUGGAAACCAUUGAAUUGUCAUCCUCUUUUCAAUGUUGCUAUUAUCUUACCAUAUCGCAAUCGACAAACGCAGCUCACCAUCUUUAUGAAUUAUAUACAUCCUUUCUUACAGGCACAGAAUCUUAAUUACAGAAUAUUUGUGAUAGAGCAAAGUCCUAUGCGAGAAUUUAAUCGUGCCAAAUUGUUUAAUGUCGGAUAUGCGGAAGCAACUAAAAUCAAUGAUUUUCAUUGUUUCAUAUUUCAAGAUAUAGAUUUGAUACCACAAAAUCCUAACAAUAUCUACGCUUGUACUAAAAUGCCAAGGCAUAUGAGUUCCAGUGUAAAUACGUUCCGGUAUAAUUUACCUUAUACUGGUUUAUUUGGAGGAGCAAUAGCAUUAACUCGUAAGCAAUUUGAAAGAGUUAAUGGCUUUUCUAAUGUUUUUUAUGGGUGGGGUGGAGAAGAUGAUGACUUUUAUAGCCGUCUACAAUCAAGGGGACUUCAAAUCACACGGUUUGGGCCUGAUAUAGCACAAUAUUACAUGAUAAAUCAUAAGAAAGAAUCUCCUAGUAGUGCGAGGUUUGCAAAUUUAGAGAAUGCUGCAAGAAGAUAUGAUACCGAUGGUAUUAGCAAUCUUGAAUAUAGAGUAUUAAAUCAUCAGCUACGACCAUUGUAUUCUUGGAUAUUAGCUGAUGUUUAGUUUUAACUUUAUACUCCAAUUUGUAUGGUCUUUACAGUCUUUUUAUGUUGUACUAUCUGCAACUAUAGAUAUCAACAAUAUAAUGAAAUGUCAUUAGUAUUUAGUAGUUUAUAUUUACGGUUGUACAUUUACAAACUCAUAUAUGCAAAUUGUGAUUAGAGAGUAACUAGUUCAUAUUAACAAAUAGUAUAUACAAGAUUUGAAUUGUAUAUAUGUGUUUUGCAAUUAUCGUGUUGAUAAUGUGAAAUAGUGUCGUUUUUUACAACAUUACAUGGUAUGGCCUUGGAGUUUCAAUAAUAUAAUCACGUCCAUAUAUUCCUAGCUUCGUAAAGAUAUAUAUUAUAAAUAUAUACAAUGAGAAUGUGUGUGCAUUAUAUCUAUUUAACAAACAUUUUAACCUUUGAAUCUUGCAUAUUUAAGUGAUCAAACAAUUUUUAUAGGAAUAUAAUUUAUAUUUAUAACAUAAACAUGUAAGUUAAACAAAUAAUGAUUGCUCUCAAGUAAUGAAAUUACUCUCUAUUUAUAAUAGCAAAUUAUGUGUAAAGCAAUAAUUAUACUAGUUUUUUGUAUUUUUAAGAAAGUAUUAAUUUUAGAAGCAGAAUAAAUUUAAACACAUUUUUGUAUAUAGAACCAGAAAACAAAAAAUAUUUUAUGAGCUAUGAAAUGUAGCUUUUACUAAGCAUUUAUAUACUUAUUGUGAUAUUUUUUUUUAAUUUAAUUUUUUAAAAACAUUAAAUAUUGUCAAUAAUUAAUUUCGGUUACGAAAUAUUAAUGUCACUAUUAUUUUUAAUUUAUUUAUUAGUACUAAUACUAUUUAAAAUAGUCCAAAUGACUGAGAUGUGAUAAUACUAAUUUUCUGCAUUUAAGAAAUUAAUAUGAUAUAAAAGAUUCUACAAUAAUAAAUUUUAGUUGUACUGAUAUGUUGCAUUUAUUUAUGUAUUUAAUAAUGUAUUAAUGCUGAAUUUUUCAGAAUAUUUUCAAUAUCUAUUUCAAAAAAUUGUAUUAUUUUUAAUAUUCUUAUACAUUAUUACUCUGUUAUUUUGCUUAGAAAAGCAUAACAAAUCUGAAAAAUAUAUAAAAUCUGUACACACAUACAUACAUAUAUAGGGUAACUCAUUUUAUUCUGUAAAUGCAAUUAUCUUCCUUAAAAAGACAGCACAGUUGACCUUCAUAUGUCCUUUACAUGAUCAACUACAAAAAGAUUAGAUUAAAUUACUGUGCUCUCAAAAUAAUAUAUUUCGUUUUAGACAUUUUUCGAAUAUCAAAUUCGGGGAGAUAAUUGUAUUUAUAAAUUAAAAUAGGUCAUUCUAUAUAUAUAUAUAUAGAAAAAAAGACAAUGUAUUUAGCAAUAUUUCGCAGGUAUAUUUAUUAUCUUUCCUGAUUUUAUUAUUUCAUACAUUGUGGAUAGUAAAUUAAAAAAAUAAGAUUAAAUUGUAAUAAUAGUUCAGGAGAGAUGUAUACAGUGACAAUUGUUAAUCCAUGAUUUUAAACUUUGAUAAAACUCAUAAAAAAGAAGGUUAACGUACAUAUCGCUUGUGAUCAUACUAUGUAAUAAAUAUAAUUAUAUUAUAUAUUUACGAAAAUUUUACAUACUACAGAACAUUAUUAUGAAAUUAUAAAGUUCGAUGUAUUAACGGUUAACAAAAUAGUUUAAAAUGACUUGUAAUUAUUAUAGAGAUAAAAGAGGAAAGAUUAUUUUAAGUAUUAUGAAAGAUAAUUUGUGAAAUAGCAUUUUUGUUACUGAUACUUUUUUCAAUAUGUUUAUUAUAAUAAACAAAAAAAUAAAAAAAAUAAAAAAAAAAAUAAAAAAAAA